GCAGCGAGACUCUCGGACUGUCAAAUCCACAUACAUACGUUACCGAAAGAUCCGUGCAUCACUGGCAAAAUUUGACUUUCAAAGUUCUUGUGGACUGUGGCUUUGGACUUGGAUGAUGGAUCGCAGUGUCGUAGCACAACGGAUCCAAACGUUAAUUUCUAGACUUUUACUGUUAGACAGUGAUCGAAAGAGAAGGUCCAUGUCUCCCAGUCGGGACAUUCGGAAGCCUGAGGAUAUAUGUAGACCACAUUGCGUCGCUGCUCGCCCCUGGAAAGUUGCCCACGCCGCGGGAGAGCAGGUCAGUCACAUACACUCCCGGCCAUGUUGUACGUCCAAGGCUUCCUCCUGCAGCCUAUCGUCAGAGAAAAUGUGGGGACCUUCCGCCAAGUCUCGACCACCAUCAUGGUCGCUUCUCUCGCCGCUAUCAUUCCGCCUUUCGCCUUAUGGCUGCAUUCGUGCGUGCUUUGGGCUCGCUUCAACUCUGCUCAACAACAGCAACAGAAUUUGGCCACUCUUCCACCGGCACCCAUUGCUCCGACCUCUGCCAAGGUUGACCCUGCCGGAGUACAAGUGCGUCAUGUUGCCGAGAAAGAGGACAAGCUGGUGGACAGCCAGUCGGAGUCAUCCGGUGCGUCUCUCAAAAGACCGGAGGUGGUCCAUGGUCACGUAGCAUCAGCGCCUGCCCAAAUUUAUCGAAGCAGUCAUGGUCUUUUCCUCGAAACCUCCAACUCACCGGGCGUCCUGUUGGGCCUCAUUCGCGAUCUGUGCAAACUUCGACUUCUCAGCUGCCGGUCCGACGGUACAUGGGGUCCACGAACGCAGUUCGCCGUGCUGGCGCUUUUCGGCACCAUCGUCGCCACGCUCUCGCAAGUCGUGCUACCGAAGAUGUUUGAGAUCAGCUACUCGUUGUGCAGCCUCAACGUCCCGCUGGAUGAGCUGUAUCAAACGGUCGAGAGGGAAACGCUCGCCGGGCUCGCCACGGAUGCUAUGCGCGUCGGAUCUAACAACACUCGCAGCACGCCGCUCUCCCUCCUAUUGAGCCUCCGGGGCAUCUCAACCCGCGUCACCCCGCGCGUCAUGCACGAAUCCGUUCAAGUCGAUUUCGGCGAACCCUAUUAUGACUGCUCACAGCUAGCCACCGUGACUCCCGUCAACCGAAGCCUUACUUCCUGCCGCCUACUCUCGGACGCUAUUAUCAAGAACGAGGUCUCGGAUUGGGCUGUGGACUCGUUGUCUGGUUUCUGGUUGCGGCCCAACGCGACUCCCGACGCUAGAAUUUCAGGCAGACUCCCACUCGCGACCAUCGCUAACCUCACUCAACGCGGGCAAGACACACCAGUUGGCGGACACUUUCAACUCGUGCAAGGAGCCUGUCGGCGGAGAAGUUGGGCCCUCAGGCAGUCAGAAAUCAUCCAAGCAAGCGGGAGUGACCUCCAGCUGAUGCGCUAUUGCGGAGGGGUGCAUCAUUCAAACGCGUUGUACGCCUUCCCUUUCAAUGUCUCUACGGCCGUCGGGAGCUUGUUUGUCGCUAACCCUCGCCAUGACGAUUUCUGGUACGUCCAGCGGGACGUGAACGCGACGGUGGAAAUGCAGGAUGUUUACGAGGACGUCGUUACACGUUUCGGCGGGACGAUGCAGGAUUGGACGUUCGACCUCCUGCAGGCCAACAUGACCCACAUUGCGAAGAACAUGCCACCCGUCGGCAAGGACGCGUUGGUGCCACCGCAGUUCUUCUCGGUGUUUGCGCGCGCCAAGGUCGGGAACGAGACGUUAGUGGGCAUCAUCUACUCGUAUGAUUGGUCGUUUGAGAAAGAUUAUAAAGUUGCCGUCGUGGCGAACUUGGUUGCUGUCAGAGGGUUCAAGUUACAAAGCGGCGAACACUGGGACGCGCCGUUCAAGGAUGGGCUCAUAGUGGAGAAGAAAGACGCGUUGUUUACUCAGAUCCAGUACGAACAGGACUGGUCCGCCGUCGAAGAUCUGGCCAACAACCCCGGAGCCUCGUCCUCGCUGGCGCUACAAGACUCGGAAGACACAUGGAGAACGAAACUGCGCAAACGCGCCGAAGGCAUUCGGCAGCUUCUCGACCGCGCGGGCGAUUUCACCCCGUUCAUUCUGUACCGCACCGCCCUGCGGCAGGCCGCCCAGAACUCCGGCAGCAGCACCGCCGCGCAUGAUCUCGCCACCAUCAGCUGCCGGGACUUCUCGGCUACAGAUGAAGUCGGCGCCGUGCGCGUGUGGCACGUCGCUCUCGCUGCGAUCCUCUUCCUCGCCGCGCAACUCCUUCGCAAGCUUGCGUUGAGUGGGAACGCGGGGUCUCAUACCUUGGCGUGUUUGUCGGAAGCCCUCAACGCGACGACAUCCGAUUCUCAUCCCACGCCCGGAAACGGAGAAGUCCAUGAGAAACCCAAAGCGGGGGCCACAGGAUUCGACGACCCGGGGGACGCGGCUAGGUACCAGUUUGGUUUCGGGUGGAGGGACGGGCACAGGCAUUUCGGUUUGGUAGAGACGAAGGAUAGGGCGAUUGAGAGGAAGACCAGUGUGAACGAAGGCGAGGAUGCCGCAUAGACGAGAAACAUCAGGAUCGUUCGUUCUGGCGUAGAUGUUCCAUAUACCGUGAUAGACACCCACAUCCUUUAAAUAGUUGCUCCAUAUAUAUCCCCCCUCGGUACGAUGUAGGCUGGCCCGAAAGUGCCGAGUGGUUCAUUUGUAUACCCCAUGAUCUGGGACAUCAUUAAUGCGUGAACCCUACUAACUCGUCAGACCUCCAUGUUCCCCCAUAUACAACGGUUUAUCAAGAAGAGACUCGUAUUAUCUUUGAAAACCGUGGCAUAUUAAACGUUUUCUCUAUUAUCUAUUACUGAAAGCCAACCGCUGCUGCUGCUGCUGCGCAUUCUCCAAAGAGUCCGCUUGCCCUAUCAAGCUCCGUCUGCCGCUCCUUGAUCAGCAUCUGCUUUCUGUUUCCGUUUGCGGUUCUCAAGCUCAUUCUG